UUAAGUGUCAAAUCAUUGAUUAAUAAUUAUUUAAAGAAUAAAAAUGGGAGCAUAAAGCAAAACCGGGGAAAGAAAGAGAGAUACAGAGAGAAGGGCGAGGAGUCAAAUUUUGGAUGAUGAUGAUGCGGCCAUAUUCGUUAUCUUCUUCGUCCUCACUCACAGUCACCCCGCAAAACCCUAAACUUUCCGCUGCCCAUUCAUUCUUCUUCCCUCCCCUUUCCGGAACCACUGCCUUAACCUUUUCUUCUAACCCUACUCACCUCACCAAGAGACUAUCUCUGAAAUGCCGUCAGAGUGAAUACUUCGACCAGCAAAAGUUGGCUACCACCACUGCUCACUAUGAUAACUCCUCCUCCUUUGCUCCACAGACUCCUUCCUCUAGAGCUGAUCAAGUGCCGGCUAGAUUCUACGUGGGCCACUCGAUAUACAAAGGAAAGGCUGCUCUUACUGUUGAGCCCAAAGCUCCGGAAUUCACAGCUCUAGAUUCAGGGGCAUUCAAAGUAUCCAAGGAAGGUUUUGUACUUCUUCAAUUUGCUCCUGCAGCAGGUGUUCGUGUAUAUGAUUGGAGCAGAAAGCAGGUAUUUUCCCUAUCAGUAACAGAAAUUGGAAAUCUAGUUAGCCUUGGUGCUACUGGCUCCUGUGAAUUCUUUCAUGACCCUUUUAAAGGGAGAAGUGAUGAAGGUCAGGUUAGGAAGAUGUUAAAGGUGGAGCCUCUUCCAGAUGGAUCUGGUCACUUCUUCAAUCUCAGUGUCCAAAACAAACUUAUUAAUUUGGAUGAGAAUAUCUAUAUCCCGGUCACCAGAGCAGAGUUUGCGGUUCUGAAUUCAGCUUUCAAUUUUAUCUUGCCACACCUUUUAGGGUGGAGUGCAUUUGCAAACUCCAUAAAACCAGAAGAAAUGAGCCGCGGGAAUAAUGCUAGUCCUAAAUAUGGAGGAGAUUAUGAGUGGAAGCGAUAGUCAUUGCUUUGCUAAGCCUUUUCUCCUUCAUACAUACAUGGUGCGUACUGUGUUGUGUAGGAUGGAAUUUUGAGAUGGGAUUUUCCCUUGUAUUUAUCUAUCCCCAUUUAGUAAUAUCCUCCCAAAAUUUUGCAACAUUUUGAUUUUCUUUUUUUAAAUUGUAGAAAUGAUUAGAAAUUGACUAGGAAGUAGCCAGUGAAAAACGGGUUUUAUCAUUACAAAAGCUUAUAUUUGCUAAUUUACCACAUUCGAUUGGGCCCUCUCUCUAGUUACAGUUAGAGAGAAAGAACCCUAAAUUACUAUUACACAAUUUGUCAUUUCAAAACCUUCUUCGUUUAUUUAUUUCCUUGUUUUGAAUCAA